UACCACAGACUGAGAAUCCGAUGAUUAUGUUCGAAAAGAGCGUUUAUGAGAUCGGUGAUUAUUUAGAAGCAAACUGUUCGUCCUCAGCGGCGUUACCUGUUCCUCAUUUAACUUGGUUCAUAAAUGGAAAAGAGGUGGAUGUCACAUUGGUACAUCAUUAUCCUCAUACUCAUCAUGAUCAAUUACUAUCUGCAACUGCUAAAUUAAUGGUAAAACUAUCUGAGUUACAUGCUGGAAAUAAUGGAUAUUUGGAAAUUAGUUGCCAUUCUACUAUACCAGACUAUCCUAUGAAUCAUGAAGAGUAUGCUGAUAUUAGGAAGAAAACAGUGUCAAUUCAAAUUAUCCUAACACCAGUACCUUCAUCUUUUGCGGUCAGGAGCAUGCACGAAUUAGCAUUGGUGACAAUGUCGUGCAUAAUCUGUGCAAAGCGCACAUUAAUAUCUUAAUAUACGUCAAUUUAUAUAUAAUAAAACUGUAUAAAAAAAAGAAUAUGCGUAAGUAAAACUAUAAAAAGAGAAAAGAAAAGAAAAGAAAAAGAAAAAAAUGAAUAUACGAACGAACAAUCACGUUGUCUUCCUUGAUUAUACAGAAAUGCAGGGUGCAAUGAUCGUAUUAUGUUGCGAAGCUAUCAUUCAUAGACACGAUUUUCUCGUGCAGCUAUUUUUUACUAAUGCUUGAAAUUUUAUGAACUUCAUAAGUGAUUUAUCUCUAUAAACGUGUUUUUAGAUUAGAAAUAUAACUCCUUUGUGUAAUAAGGUUAAACAAAUAAUUGAUGUUUCUACAAUCAAUAUUAAGGAGAACAAUACAGUGAUUCAUACUAAUAACAAUCUCACAGAAAGCUAAACAUUUAAAAAAAUCCAAAAGAGUAAUUAAAAAAAUAAAUAAAUAAAAGAAGAAAUAGUAAAUGUACUUUGUUAAAAGUAGAAUGUAUAUAAUAUGUUUUUAUUGAUGGAAUAUUUUAUCAUUUACUUUCGAGGAUAUAUUUAUUCAGAAAAUAAUUCAAAAUAUAUAUACAAGAGAAACCAUUAAAUAUAUAAUAACUCUUACAAUAUGUUUUAUCCACUCAAAGUAUGGUGUGUAUAAAUGUUUUUUAUUUAAUAAAACUAUAUAUUAUAUUCGGAUGACAAGGAUAAGUAUUGAGAAAAAAUGUCCAUAUAUUUAGGAAUUAGCAUUGGUUGAUGUGUAUGAAAUGGUGUUAUAUAAAUUAUUGAAAAAUUCUA